AUGGAAGUGGGCGAAUCGAACUAUGCCCUUUUAUCCAGCCCAUAUGAUAGUUUUAUGCAAAAACAUCUUCAACACUAUGGUUAUUUUACCGGUCGAAGUGAGGUUGUAAAAAAAUAUGGUUUUGUUCCAUCUAAACCACAGCUUAUAACACAUUCCAGCGAUUCAGAUUCGAGUUCUUCGGACGAAGAACAAGGACCACCACAUCGACGUCGUUCCCCUCAUGAACAUCCUGAAUAUAAAGGUAGACCACUUAUUACAGAUCCAAAAACAGCUUUUCGGCAAAAUCGACUUCGAUGCGGUUUAUAUUUACGAAGUCAAAAUGAUGAAAGUUCAUUUGAACCACGAUGGCCAACUGAAAUUGAAGUAUUGCCUGAAUCUCGUGUUAGACAUAUCGAUGUACAACCAAAACAACCUGAACUUUUCAAUAAACCAAAUCCAAAGGAUCAUAUGCCAUAUGUUCGAAGUGCAGAUGAAGAUAAUGGUCGUACUGUAUUUAAUUACAAUCCAGAAACAUGUGGUUAUUAUAUGCGAUCUCGAAUUGGUGGUAAUCGAGAUGGUUGUCGACAAGCUGCUGUCAAAAUUCGAGAUUCUGAUGAUACAACCGUUCUAUUUGAAUCUCGUUUUGAAAGUGGAAAUUUAAUGAAAGCUGUUCAAGUUGGUGAAUUUGAAUAUGAACUUUAUCUACGAUAUGAUCUUUAUACGAAACGGAAUACACAAUGGUUUUAUUUUCGUUUACAAAAUACUCAAGCUAAUAAACGAUAUCGUUUUACUAUUGUGAACUUUUUCAAAAGUACAAGUCUUUAUAGUAAUGGUAUGAGACCAUUAAUGUAUAGUGUACAUGACGCAGAGAAUAACAAUAUUGGUUGGAGACGAUGGGGAGAAGAAAUUGUUUAUUAUAGAAAUAAUUUAACUGCACCUGAUAACCCUUCAGCAAAUAUGUAUUCAUUAACAUGGACAUGUAAAUUUCCAAAUGAUAAUGAUACUUAUUAUUUUGCUCAUUGUUAUCCAUAUACAUAUUCUGAUUUGCAAGAUUAUUUAAAUGGUAUUCAAGGUGAUCGUAUCAAAAGUCAAUAUUGUAAACAAAAAGUUCUUUGUCGAUCAUUAGCUGGUAAUUUUGUAUAUAUGUUAACAAUAACAAGUCCACCAGUAUUAUCUCCAGUACCUGAACAGCAAUUAAAAAAAGGCGUUGUUAUAUCAGCACGUGUUCAUCCUGGUGAAACAAAUUCAUCAUGGAUGAUGAAAGGAUUAUUAGAUUUUUUACUUAGUGAUUCAGCUGAUGCAAAAUUACUUCGAGAUACUUUUGUUUUUAAAAUUAUUCCAAUGCUCAAUCCUGAUGGUGUUAUUGUUGGUAAUUAUCGUUGUUCAUUAUCUGGACGAGAUUUAAAUCGUAAUUAUAAAACAAUAUUAAAAGAUGCUUAUCCAACAAUUUGGCAUACAAGAGAAAUGAUUAAAAGAUUUAUGACUGAAAUUGAACUUGUUCUUUAUUGUGAUUUUCAUGGUCAUUCAAGAAAACAAAAUGUUUUUAUUUAUGGUUGUGAAAAUAAACAUUUACCAAAAGAACGUUUGAAAGAACGAAUUUUUCCAGCUAUGUUUGGAAAAAAUGAUAUUUCAAAAUUCUCAUAUGAUUCAUGUAGAUUUAAAGUACAAAAAUCGAAAGAAGGAACUGGAAGAGUCGUUAUGUGGUCCAUGGGUAUUAAAAAUAGUUAUACAUUAGAGGCAACAUUUUGUGGUUCAACACAAAGCGAACAAGCAGGUCAUCAAUUUACUACAAGAGAUUUUGAAUCUAUUGGUUAUCAUUUUCUUGAUUCGUUACUGGAUUAUAGUGACCCAGAUCCUACGAAACGUAAUCGAAUAUUCGAUGAGAUAGAAAAUGAUUUACGACAAUCAAUUAGAUUGAAACUUCUUUCACGUGGUAUUAAUCCAACUUCAUUAUCUGAUAUUGACCUGGAUCAGUUUUCAUCUGAUGAAGAUUCAAGUGACGAUGCAGGAUCUGAUUCUUCAGCUGAUGAUGGUCUACCAAAACAUUUGGAAGUUAUUGCUGCAGCUAAAGUUCGUUUGAAAAAACCACGAAAGCAACCUGAAAUUCUAAAAGUAUCGAAAGAAUUAAACAGAAAAGAUGAUACAGAUAAAGAAAAUAUUGAUAAAAACAAAAGUGUUACAUUAACGCUAACGUCGCCUCGUAAACAAAGUUUUCCAAAUAUUGCUAAUGAUGCAUCUAAACCCCUACCGAUAACUGCAACACGUCGAGGAGUAGUCGACAUUAAUACUGAAGAACCGAACGGUCGAGGAAGUCGAUGGCCAGCUAUAACAAGAAUAAAUAGUAAACCUUAUCGAUCAACUCGAGCCGAUGAAAAAGCUCAACGAUCACGAAGCAUCUUCAGUACUAUUUAUGGAAGAUCUCUAAUGCCAAUGGAAUAUUUAUCAGGUGCUGAACGUGAUUCAACUACAAAUCUAACAAACCUUACUACAGCUAGUUAUCCUGUGAUAACAUCAACUGCUCGAAUUGAUGAAGAAACUUCUAUUCAACUAACUACUGAUAAUAAAGGUGGAUAUAUUAUUAGUCGAACACGUGAAGAAAGUCAUAGUGAUGAUGGACGACAAUAUAUUAAUAGUUAUGUUACUAAUCGAGUCUCUGUUCAUUUAAAUGAACGUUUAAUUGGACCAUCUCGACCAGCACAUACGCCGAAAUCACCUACGAUAUCUAGUACACAAAAUCAUACGGUUCUCGAUGUACGAGCAAUUCAACCACCUAUUCAAACAGCAAAUCCAAGACGUAUUCUUGAACAACAACAACAUCAACGUCAACGUGUAAUGGUAGUAUUUGGUAAACAAGGUUCUGCUGAAUCAGUUGAUAAACUACAUAAUUUCACGUCAAAUCCUCUGUCAAUAUCAAUGAAUGAAAGAAAAAUCGAUGAUGUAUUAGCUAAUCGUGAUGAUUCAUCAGCAACAAUUUCAAAACUUAUUCCUAAACAACUAUCAGAUGGUGAACCGAUAAAUAUAGUUUUUCGUUGUGAUCCAACACCAUAUCAACAAGCAACGUUACCAAAUAGACCACAAGUACCCAAAACAUCAACUGUAAGAAAAUCGAACAAAUGA